CUGCCAUUUCCCGCCCCCAGCACCUAUUCCAUGAUAGCUUUGACACGAUUACAUUCCACCUGACAUGACCAUCCGGCACUAGCAAUCACUAGCAUAUGUUGAAGUCUUCAGAAAUGAACAGCCGGUGUGCGCAGAUUGUUACGGACGGCACUUUCUCUUGUCUCGAGUUCCGCAAUGGCAAAUUUGAGGUUUCCGGUGCGACGAACAUGGAGCAGCUUUUCAGUCGAAUUGAGGCUGUAAAAUCGGGUUCUGCAGCAAACGUCUCAGGUCUCUGCAUGCUGUUCGAAGAUAUCAGUCUCGAAGUAGCUGGACAACUCGACCUCCUGCUCAACAUUGGACAAGAAUUCUUCCACAGACACUUAGCAGCACCUAAGUUUCCACGGCUCAAUUCAAGGCUUAAGAGAAACAAUACAUUAUCGUUGCCAUCGAAAAACCAGUCGCCAAAUUGUGUUCAUUUAAGCUACAAAAGGCUUCUCGAAGCGGCACCGCAGUCACCGCCAAUCCAUUACGAGCUUCGUAUGGAAGGACGUGCAGAGAGAAGUGUUCGUCACAUGCCGCAUAUGAAAGACUGUUGUGUCUCGAUAGCCGACGCGUGCUUCUCUAUACUGAAGAAGGAGAUUGGGGAAGGAGUCUGGAUAAGUGUGAUGCUUAUGGAUCCAACAUCAAAAUCGGCGGUCUAUGACCCUACAAGGCCUUGGGUGAAGACGACGCAAAGGCCAUGGCGAGACACAUCCUCUGAAUCACGUGUCUCGGUACCACAUUAUUCUGCUCCAUCUUUUCACCAAUCCCAACGUCACUCUACGACACCUAGCUUUCUGGAAGAAACCGCCCAAGCCUUGCUCGUUUACGAGAGAGGUCCUUCACUGGUGUCUGAUGUCAGCAUCUAUGAACUAACACGUCAUCCAGUUCAGAUCAUGACUGGCGAGUGGAUACUUUACUCGUCCUUGAUGGGUCAAUUCGCCAAGCACUACGAGAUCUCUUUCGAGACUCUGAAGAGUUUAAGUACCACUGAGACUAGCAACAUCAUGCUGGAACUGCAUAGCUGGCGGCGACGAGGUCAGCGCAGUCUCGAAAAGCUGACGGCUUUGAAGUCAUUCGUCGCUCAGCAAGUACCGCAAGACACGCUGGCCAGAGCCGUCUCCAACGACAUCAACUAUAUCUCUCAACAGAUCGUUGAUCACCGCCAGUCUCUGGAGUACAUGGUCCCUAUGCUUAUAUCGAUGGUUCAGCUCAUGGACUCCCGUCGAGCGAUGGAGGAGACGAUAUACGUCAAGCGACUGACCUAUGUUGCUCUCAUUUUCUUACCUCUGUCUUUUGUGGCGAGUCUGUUCAGCAUGAACGAAGACUUUGCGGUCAACUCAAGUGGUUUCAAGGUAUACCUGGCGACUGCAUUGCCACUGCUUCCGCUCGUGUUGCUAGGGAUUAAUGUUCCCCAGAGCAGACUCUGGUAUUGGUGCAAAAGUCAUCGCACUGCCCCGAAGACUUGAUUUCAUUGUGUCUUCUUACUAUUUGUAAAUGCACAUGUCUUAAUAUUUGCACAAGCUCGACAUUGCUUUUCUAUAUUACUAUAGGAUCUUGAAGAUAUAUUACUUAGUCUAGCUGCCAGAUGUCGUAAUUCUGUAAGCAGUUAUUAGUUGUAUUUCUAAUGCUAUAUUUAGGCAGCAUAACUACUAAUAAUAGCAGACAAUAAGUGUCUUACAGUGGCGGCUAGGAUGUUAUGCAGAUUAGAUUUCCUGUGCUACAUAGGUUUUAGCCCACUAUUAGAUGCGAGCAGGACAGCGCCUACUAUAUCUAAGGACUUGUAGUGCUGCGGAGCAUACUGCUUAUUUUCUCU